AUGGCAGCAACCAACCCGGUUGGUGAUGGUGCUUCCAUGGACUCCUCAUCAACAGCACAGAGUGGCGUUCUCACUCUUAGGAAUAUUGCUAGCGGCGCAGCUCUCGCUGUCGUCAGUGGUGCUCUUGCCUACAGUAUAGCUCUCAAGAGAGGUAAUUCUGCGGACUCUACAGCGCACCGAGAGGCCAAGCUCGGCCCACCUGUACCGCGGCAGUCGCAUGAAGAUCCUGAGGUCCUAAAGGCCUUGGCAGCUACUCGAACGAGCCACAUGAAAGCUUACGAUGGUGCUACUGCUGCUUCCUAUGUGGCAUAUCAUUUGUCCGACUCGGUCUUCAUCUACCCCAUCACUCCCUCCACUCCUCUCGGUGAGAAUUGCGAUCAGUGGUCGGCUGCUGGUGAGAUUAAUGCUUACGGUCAAGUUACUGUAGUAAAGCAGAUGCAGAGUGAAGCGGGUGUUGCAGGCGCUUUGCACGGCUCUUUGGCAGCAGGUGGUCUUUCCUCGACCUUCACUGCCUCCCAGGGUCUUCUCUUGAUGAUACCCAACAUGUACAAGAUCGCUGGUGAGCUUCUUCCUUGUGUAUUUCAUGUGCCGGCAAGAGCGAUAGCUGGCCAGGCUCUCUCCAUCUUUGGCGACCAUUCCGAUAUCAUGGCUAUUCGCCAGACCGGUUGGGCUAUCCUCUGUGCUAGUACCGUGCAGGAGUGCAUGGACAUGUCGUUAGCGGCUCACAUUGCUACGCUAAAGUCUAGGGUUCCGUUCGUUCACUUUUUUGACGGAUUCCGUACUUCCCAUGAAAUUCAGAAGAUCAACGAUAUGACCACUGAGCAAAUGGAGUUGGUCGCGAAGAUUAUGGCCAAGGAGAUUGAUGCUCACAGGGAGCGGGCGCUCAACCCCAACCACCCAACGGUGCGAGGCACUGCUCAGUCGCCUGACAUUUACUUCCAGAAUGUCGAAGCGGCUAAUCCUUACUACAACGCUGUUCCAGAGCACGUCCUGAACUCUCUCGAGAUGGUAGAAGCUGUUACUGGUCGCCAUUACGAUCUUUUCGACUAUGAGGGAGAUCCAGAGGCUACACACGUGUUCGUGAUCAUGGGAGCUGGUGGUUGUACUGUGUCGGAAACCAUAGCUUACCUGAAGACCCACGAGCCUCGGUAUAAGCUGGGUUUGCUUCGUGUAAGGCUACUGAGGCCUUGGUCUGUCUCUCACUUCCUAGCGGCUCUUCCCGCUACUGUUAAACGCAUAUGCGUAUUUGACCAUUGUAAAGAAUCUGGGGCUAUCGGCGAGCCUCUGUAUGUCGACGUCUGUGCAAGCAUUCAGAAGUCCAAGAGGUCCGAUAUUCUCGUCAUUGGGGGUCGUUUCGGUCUCGCCUCCAAGAAUUUUUCACCCGGCCAGGUUUAUGCCGCUGUUCAGAACCUCGUUGAUACGAAGGUUCCGAAGUCUCCCUUCACCGUUGGCAUCGACGAUGAUGUCACUAACUUGUCUCUAGCUGUUCCUUAUGAAAUUGAUGUGGCUAACCCCGCCACUACCCAGUGUAUGUUCUGGGGCUUUGGUUCUGAUGGUACGGUAGGAGCCAAUAAGAAUGCUAUCAAGAUCAUAGCUGAUAACACUGAUCUCUACGCACAGGGUUUCUUUCUGUAUGAUGCUUUGAAGUCUGGUGGUGUUACGUUGUCUCACUUGAGGUUCGGUCCUCUGCCGAUCGACUCACCCUACGAGAUCACGAGUGGUUGCGAGUAUGUGGCGGUUCACAAGAAGGAGUAUGUUAACACCUUCGAUGCCUCGUUAAUCUUGGGCGCCAGCAAGUGUGGAAGUAUUAUCGUCCUCAAUGCUCCUUGGUUGACUCUGAACGAUAUGGAGGCUAAUUUGCCACCAAAGUUCAAGCGUCUAGUGGCUGACAAACGGCUGAAGUUAUAUGUCAUCGAUGCUAACAAGGUUGCUAAGGAGUCGGGCAUGGGUCGCUUGAUCAACAACAUCAUGCAAGCUGUGUUCUUCCGUCUUUCUGGUGCUCUUCCGUAUGAGCAGGCGAUGCCGCUCUUCGAGCAUGCCAUAGAGAAGACCUACAAGAACAAGGGAGCUGACGUUGUGAGGAAGAACCUCUUGGCUGUUAGUAACGCCAUCGACAAUCUUAACGAGAUUGAUGUUCCUUACACCAAGUGGGCUAAGUGUGAAAUGAAGGAUCACGAAGUCCUUCGUACUGGUGAGGAGCCUUCCUUCGUCCGCAGCGUACUGGAUAAGAUCCAUACCAGACUCGGUGAUAAAUUGUCGGUUUCGGCAUUCGCGCCUGGCGGAGUUGUGCCACUCGGUAUGACUCAAUGGGCCAAGCGGGGCGUGGCUCAGGCGAUCCCCGUCGUUGAUGUGGACAAGUGCACCCAGUGCAAUAAAUGCUCGGCUAUCUGUCCUCAUGGUGUCAUCAGACCGUUCUUGGCAUCCCCUCAGGAGCUUGCAUCAGAGAAGACUCCUUUGACGUUUGUCACCAAGCCGGCCACUGGUGGUAACGAAGCGUCUGGGUUAGCCUUCCGCAUUCAGGCAUCUCCCCUAGACUGUACUGGAUGUGAAGUCUGCGUGAACGCUUGCCCUGACAACGCUUUGGCUAUGAAGCCUCUACCUGAUGCCAUUGCAGAAGGUCAUAAGGACAACUGGGACUUUGCGAUGACCCUGGAGAAUCGAGGAGAUCGUUUCGAUGCCCACACGUUGAGGGGGUCACAGUUCCAACAGCCUCUAUUGGAGUUCUCCGGGGCCUGUGCAGGGUGUGGGGAGACCCCGUACGCCAAGCUAUUGACCCAGAUGUUCGGCAAGCGCAUGCUCAUUGCUAAUGCUACUGGCUGCAGUUCUAUAUGGGGAGCAACUGCUGGGUGGGUCCCGUACACGGUCGAGAAAAAGACUGGCAAGGGACCGGCUUGGGGCAACUCUCUGUUCGAGGACAAUGCCGAGUACGGCAUGGGUAUAGCGGUGGCUCAGCAGCAUAGGCGAGAGCAGUUGAGACUCAGGGUGCAGGAAGCAUUAACUGAUGAGAGCAUUGUCAAGGGAGAGCUGAGGUUGGUUAUGAACCAGUGGUAUGAGAACUUCGACGAUGCUGAGGCAUCGUCUCGAUUCGGUGAGAGGGUUGUGGAGCUACUGAACCGCGCUGCUGAAGAGAAGCCACUCCCUGAGUGUCUCGAUGCAUGCCGUCGACUAUCUGAUAUGUUCGUCAAGAGCUCUGUAUGGAUUAUGGGUGGUGAUGGUUGGGCUAACGAUAUCGGAUACGGUGGAAUUGACCACGUCCUGGCACUGAAUGAGAAUGUUAACAUAGUUGUGAUGGAUACUGAGGUUUACUCGAACACUGGUGGUCAAGGCUCGAAGGCAACGCCUAUGGGAGCUGUGGCGAAGUUCAUGCGGAAUGGCAGGGACUUGCAGAAAAAGGAUAUCGGGCAUCUGGCUAUGUCAUACCCGAACGUCUAUGUUGCUUCGUGUUCGAUGGGUGCCAACUACUCCCAGACUGUUAGGGCUUUCCACGAAGCUGAGAAGCAUGUGGGUCCGUCGUUGGUUCUAUGUUACUCUCCUUGCAUCGAGCAUCGCAUCAAGGGCGGCAUGACUCAUAUGUCGCAGGAUCAGAAGGCUGCUGCGGAGUCUGGUUACUAUCCUUUGUAUCGCUACGACCCUACUCUGAUCGAGCAGGGUAAGAACCCCUUCCAGCUCGACUGCAAGAAUAUCAAGCCCGAGGCCUUGGAUCCCUUCCUGAGGAAUCAAAACCGCUACGAGCAGUUGGUGAGGCGUAUGCCUGAGCAUGCCGCAGAGCUUCAACAAGGUCUCAAGAAGUACAUCACGGAACGCCAUCAGCAGCUAUUAGCAGCAUCUGCGGAAGUUGUUCAUGCCGCGGAUGAUCUCAGUGCUGACUCGGCUGACAGUGACGAUCUUCUGGUUCUUAUGACUUCGACUUGUGGUGAUGGUGAUAUGCCUUCUGCGGCGACUGCUCUUUGGGAGGAUAUGCUGCAAAUGGAUGGUUCCCAGAAGCUUGCAGGUCGCUUCUGCGUGUUCGGCCUCGGGGAUAGCUCUUACGAUAAAUUUUGUGCAGCUGCGGUGAAACUUGAAGCAAGGGUGGCUGAACUCGGCAUGAGCUCCGUCAUUCCGUUGGCGAAGGGAGAUGAUCGUGCCGAAGAUGGAUGGGCUACUGCCUUCGAUGAAUGGCUGCCGAAGUUGUGUGAAGAGGUUGGUGCGAAGCCUGAAGACGAGGAGGAACCUGAGGCGCUCUUCGAGGUUACGUCCUUACCUGUCACUGCUGCUGACAAGAGCCUUCCCUACCAGCGCAUUGUGCCUCCAGGAUCUCAGGCCGUACCGGUUCUAGAGAACAGACGCUUGACUCCGGAAUCGUAUGAGAGGGAUAUCCGUCACAUCGCUCUGGACAUCUCGGCUGCUGAUUUGCCCUUCCGUCUCGGUGAUGCCAUUACCCUUUACCCGAAGAACUUGGAGUCGGACGUCGACCUACUGUUCAACGAAAUCGUCACUCAUCUUGAUCGCAACGAGAUCCUCUCUGUUAAGUGUCUGUCCGAUGACGUUCCUGCCAGGCUCAGGUCGGCUUUCAAGUCGCGAAUUCCUAUGAAGCAAAUCUUCGUAGAGUUGUUGGAUAUCUUCGGCAAGCCUACUAGGAGUUUCUAUCGCCAGCUGGCUCGUAUUAGCAAGAGCGAGGAGGACGUUCAGGUUCUCAACUCUAUCGCGAACUCGGACGAUCGUUUCAAGGAACUAUUGGGCAGGAGUGUGUCCUACGCGGAUGUGCUUCGCAGAUUCCCGAAGUCCACUGAGUCGAUGACGCUGGUUAACUUCCUUGAGAUCAUCCCUUUGUUGAAGCCUCGACUUUACUCUAUAGCCAACAGCUCUUUCUACACUCCGAACAAGGUCGAGCUGACUAUUGUUAUCAACCGGUGGCAGAAUUCCGAGGGUGAUCUCAAGACUGGCACAUGUACACGCUACCUAGGGUUCAGCAACGACAAGACCAUGUGCGUUUCCGUUGCUAGUGGUACAUUUACUUUCCCUGAGGAUGAACAUACACCGAUGGUCAUGGCAGGGCUUGGUACUGGUAUCGCUCCUAUGCGAGCCUUUGUUCAGGAUCGCAUGUACAAGAAGCAGGUCCUUGGGAUCGAAACUGGCCCGAUGGUGGUAUUCUAUGGCUGCCGUCACGAGAAAGGAAGAAUUCCUCUAUCGCGAGGAAUGGAAGAAGUUUGA